AUGUCUAAAUCCAUGGAGACGUUGGAUGCUCAAGAACUUGAUAGUCAACUUUUAGAACUACUAAAAUAUCAGUUGAAAAAUGUUUUAAAAUUUUACAAGUUUUCAUUGAAGAAAAUUGACUCAACAAUUGGACAAGGCCUGCUGUCUUUGAAAUAUUUCAACACAAAUCAACUAAAAUGCUCAUCAGAUCAUUCUUCAUCAACAUAUAUAAUAGCAUCACCAACAGCGGAAUCAAAGUCAGAUGUAUCAUCUUUGACAUCCAGCCAAAAACAUGGUCUCCUAAUUUUAAAUACAUUCUUUCCUUGGUUUAAAGAUAAAUUUGCUCCUACCAUGUUUCAGAAUGGUCAGCGAUCUGAGAUUUGCAAACUGGUAAAAUCACUGGAUGCCAUUCUGAAAGUAUCAACAUUGUUAAACUUUCUGAUAUUUCUGAAGAAAGGACAGUUUGUUAGUCUCAGUGAGAGAGUUCUUCACAUACGAAGCAUGUUCACUUACGCUCAAACAACAAGACAAAUAUCUUACGAGCUGACGGAAAGAGAGAUACUAUGGAAUGGCUUCACACUGCUAUUCACGAAGCAAUACUCAAAAUCUCGACAACGAAACAACAAAAUCACUGGCGACAUCCACCAAGCAGUUAACAGAGCAACGACUACAACAACAAAGGAUGGUGAUAAGAACAUUGAUGAAGAAACAUACAAAUCUUGUCCAAUUUGUAAUGAAUGGCCUUUCAACCCACAGCAGAUAGGCUGUGGACAUGUUUUCUGUUACUACUGCAUACAUAGCCAAUACAAAGACGAUAGUGGGUUGUGCUGUCCGCUAUGUUUCCAGACAGUGGAUCACGUCAACAACAUACAACCCGUUCCAGUUACCGUCAUAUAA